AUGGGCCCCUGUACCGCCUACUCAUGCUGCUGCCAGGCCCCUAAUCUGCCAUGGGCCCCUGUACCGCCUCCUCAUGCUGCUGCCAGGCCCCUAAUCUGCCAUGGGCCCCUGUACCGCCUACUCAUGCUGCUGCCAGGUCCACAAUGUGUCAUGGGUCCCUGUACGGCCUCCCAUUGCUGCUGUCUCCAUCGCCACACUCUGCCAUGUGCCACUUUCAGGUCUUCCUCACACUGCUGGUGGGUUCCAUUUUGUCAUAGGGUGCUGUAUGGCCUCCCAUUGCUGCUGCCUCCACCGCCACACUGUGGCCUCCACACUCUGGUUUUGGCCCCGUGACUGCCCAAAACGUGAGUGAAAUGUGUGCGGUGAUUCUAAGAUCGACGGCACUCAUCUGCAUGUUCAUACUGACUGACAGUAUUUAUUUCUCAUUCCCCAGCAGACUCCAAGGGCAUUUAAAUUAAAGGUACAGUGUUGUCUGCACUAAUAUAA